AUGGUUUAUUAUGAAACAAAUCGAGCACGUCUUGAGGAUGAAGUUCAAGUCAAUUCUAAGACAACAAGACCUGAUGAUGGCAUUUGUGCAAGGGCAAAAUGGGCACAAAAUGCUACCACUGUGGCUGGCGGCCAUGGUCAAGGAUCUGAACUUAAUCAGUUGAAUUUUCCUUACGGAUUCUUUAUCGAUGAUAAUCAAACUGUUUAUGUAGCAGAUUCUGCUAAUCAUCGUGUGAUCAAAUGGGAACGCGGUGUUUCGAAAGGUCAAGUAAUCGCAGGUGGAAAAGAAGCUGGAGAUCGUGAAGAUCAAUUGUCUAAUCCAUCAGACGUUGUUGUGGAUAAAGAUGGAACAAUAUAUAUUAGUGAUUAUAAAAAUCAGCGUGUUCAGCGAUGGUUUCGAGAAGCUCUAAGUGGGCAAACACUUAUUGAUGAUAUUUCUGCUUUUGGCAUAACACAAGAUGAUCAAGGAUCACUUUAUGUCUCUGACUUCAGGAAAGGUGAAGUGAGGAAAUGGCGUAUGGGUGAAGCGGUUGAACAAGGCAUCAUUUCAGAACUGAGUCAGCCAUCCUUCCUGUUUGUUGAUCGAAAUCGAUCUGUCUUUGUGACUGAGACAGGUAGUUCUAUAGUGACAAAAGUUGAUGAUAGAUCAACGCGAAUGGAAAUUGCUGCUGGUGCAUUAUACGGUGAUGGUGACGAUGAAUUAGCAUCCCCAAUGGGUGUUGUUGUUGAUCAAUUGGGUACGGUUUAUGUGGCGGAUUCCGAGAAUAAUCGAAUAAUGCGAUGGCCACGUGGAUCUAAAUCUGGUAGUCUCAUCGCCGGUGGUCAUGAGCCAGGUUCCCAAUCCGAUCAACUUAAUUAUCCCACUGGCUUAUUAUUUGAUUUUGACGGAAACCUCUAUGUAGUGGAUAGUAGGAAUCAUCGUGUGCAAAAAUUUGCUAUUGAUAAGAGUCUGUGUUGA